CUUUGCCCCGCCUUUUUCCGUGACUCGCUCCAAUCAUCCCCCAAAAAUCUAGCUAGCUAAGUAAACGAAUGCAUUGCCUAUUUUGAUCGCAGAAUCAAUUUGGUAUCGAUAGACAACGCAUGGACACAUCUAGUUUUGUUUGUGUCGACGAACGUAAGAAAAAUACCUUUCUAGGCUGUGCUACCUAAUUUUUUCAAGGUAGCUGGCUUAAUAGCCUCGAAUCACAGCACAGGGUUAGUUAUCAGUACAGUAAUUUAGCUAGCUAUCUUUGCUCGAAGUGUGGGGUGCCUAUUGUGUUAGCUAACCAACUACGGUUAACAGCUAUCUGAUUUGCUGUGUUUGAAAUAUUUUGACACUGAGUUGUCUUCAUUCUCAUCACCGGUGGAUAUGGGACUACUUUUUACCAAGCUGAUGACUGUCUUCGGAGACAGAGGUAAUCAUUUGUGUGCCUGGAUACAUUUAGCUAAUUUACUGCUAUUAUUGUUGCUCUUAAGUAAUCUCCACUCAGUGCCUGAUCAUUUCUGCUUGAUUGGUUUGCUAACGUUAGCUGCUUUGUAGCACAGUAUUGUUAUGGACUGGACUUAAAUUCGGAGAAAACGCAAGAAAAGCUGUUAGACACAAGUUGUUUUUGUUUCAACAUUUGGUUGCUGAUUUUCAAUAACGUUAGUGACAGCUUCAAUAAUGGUCAAUUUCGGCAAACUCAUUGUGCUUCAAUAAGCCUAGUUAGCUAAGUUUCUAACCACACCGGGCACCUUCCAAUAACUGGUUAAUUUCUGUCAGACACGAGCUAGUCCAUACUGGAUGUUCUGUUCACUGUGUCAACGUUCUACACACGUGUCCCGUGUAAUUAUCUGUUUUCUAUGUAGCGUUAGUGAUGGUGAAUUGCAGUAAUAUUAUGCAACCAAUAACAUUUUGUCAAGCAGUACUGUUUACCUCGUUGAUGAGAUGAUGGCAGGGUAUAGAUCGCUGGGGUUGACUAUCGGGGUCAAAUGGUCCUUGUUUUACCUAAUAGUAACACUGCAAACAAACACAGAGAGGUAUUGUCCCUUUGGAUAAUAAAGAACGUCUGCACAUGUUUUUCAGAUCUGGUAUUUUAAUGCAUGACUAGACUCUUCAAAGAGAGUCCAUCAGUUAGAUGUGUUAUCAUAGUGAUGAUUGAUUAGCUUUGGGGUCACAGAUAUGUGAAUGGCAAUCCGUGUGUUUGUUAUGUAGAAGUGUGUAAACUACUUUUCUCUUUUGUUCUCUCAUAGAACACAAAGUGAUUAUAGUGGGCCUGGACAAUGCUGGGAAGACCACUAUCCUCUACCAAUUGUGAGUGAUAUCAAAAUAGAUUUGUAUAGUUCAUGAUCAGAUUUAUGCAAAUUAUAUUUAUAAUCACUUAGUCAUAUCAAUCACUCUGUCCCCUCAGCCUUACCAAAGAGGCGGUCCACACCUCCCCCACCAUUGGCAGUAACGUAGAGGAGAUCUCUGUACGCAAGACCCGCUUCCUGGUGUGGGACAUCGGAGGCCAGGAAAGCCUGAGAGCCAGCUGGAACUCCUACUACUGCAACACAGAGGUACGGAUCUGUUGGUGUGUGUUCAGCAGAAAGUCUUUGUCGAGGUACAGCAUGUGUGUUUUCGUUUACGUAACAAAGUGUGCACUUGUGUGUUGGUUUCUGGCCAGUUACAGCUAGAGUAGAAAUAGAACCCUGAUGAAGGUGUUGAUGCCUAAACACUUUUUGCUUGAACUUCCCUUUCCCUCCAAGACUCUCUGAAUAGCUACAGCUGGCGACAAUAUGUUUUUCAGCUGUCCAGCGAUCAGGCCAACACUGAGUUAUUACACAUUAACCAGCAGAUGAUUGUUGUUGUCAUUGAUAAAGCAUGGGAAGACUAUUACAUCAUCUGUUACAGAACCAACCAUGUCAGUCUGCUGUCCUGAGUAUCCCUCUAACACUCAUACUCAGACUGUUACUGAAAUCAUAUUCAACAGUUAUGAGAUGAGAGCACUCAGAGCCAGAGGUACAGUUAAGUGAGUAAGUUGGUCCCCUUUGGCAAGUGUAUUCAGUUGGCUUGAUUGUUUUGUCUCUCUUCAGAUUGUGAUUCUGGUUGUGGACAGCACAGACCGUGAGCGCCUAACUCUGAACAAAGAUGAACUUCACCGCAUGCUUGCACAUGAGGUAACAACCACCUGUUUUUUUUGGGGGGGAAGUGGGGAGAGGGGGUUCAGUUCAACCUCACUGUUUAGAUUUUUUUUCUGAAUACCAGUUUCAAAUACAAGAAUGCACCCUAUUCAUUCUUAACUUCCUUUUUCCUGUAAAUGAUGCACUGGAAAUAUUAGCCGAUUGGUAUUUCCUUAUUGUAUCAACAGGUGAAUGAGUGAGGAUUACUUUUUAAAACAAGGGCACUUCCGUUUUCUAGGUUGUUUACAUGUUCCAUUGUCACUCACCUUAUGUAGCUUUUUGAAGGUGCAAUAUGCAGAAAUCGCUCCGCCAUUUCCUGUUUGAAAAAAUUAUAAUUGUUCACCUAAUUUCAGUUUAUGUGACAAAACAAGCAAAUAUAGUGUAGAAAAUCGUUGUGAAAAAUAUUUUUAUAACCAGAAAUAUUGUUUUUUCAGCUGUUUGAAGUUGGUGUAUAAAACCGCUUGCUUUCAAUGAGAAUGACAUAUCUAUAACUCACAUUUCUAUGUGAAUUUGGUCGGGUCGCCCAAAAAGUUACAUAUUGCAGCUUUAACAUAUUGACGCGUGAGCUCUGUUCAUGCUCUCAAGAUGACUCAUAUCACCACUAACAAACAAACUGAUUACAAAACCAUGAUGGGUUGUUUCACCAUUUUCCCUGUGUGAAUCAGUGCAUUGACAGCUGAGCUGUUCAGUUUCCGUUCCGCUGACACUGCUCUUUUCUAUUAUCUGAGACGUCACAGCGGUGAAAUUCUGUAGAUUUCCACAGGAAGCUCUCAGAUGUGUAAAUAUGUUGAAUAUAAAAACGAGAACCGUGCCUAUCUCGCUUCUCUCCUGUCCUGUCUGACUGGUGUGUGUUGUACCUACAGAAUGUAACCCUGCUUAUCUCUCCUGUCCUGCCUGACUGGUGUGUAGGACCUACAGAAUGCUGCGAUUCUAGUUCUGGCCAACAAGCAGGACAUGAAGGACUCUAUGACGGUUGCAGAGAUCUCCCAGUGCCUCACCCUCAGCUCCAUCACAGCCCACUCCUGGCAUGUACAGGCCUGCUGCGCCCUCACAGGGGAGGGGUGAGUACACUGUGUAACUACAGACACACCUGGGCCUCCUCUCUCUGUGUGUCUGUCUGUUAUAACAUUCCCAUCAUAAAUAACCUUAAGUCACUCAAACACAAUUACAUUUUCAAAACUAUGUCCAUCUCUUUCUCCUAACCUCCAGACUACCUGCCAGUCUGGACUGGAUGAGGUCUCGUGUACUGGCCAGUUAGAACUCCUUCCGUUGGCUCAUCCCAAUUGGAACCAGGACAGCUAUCCUUUGACCCAACAAACACAACCUCUCAGACGUCGCAGCCGAAGCCACAGUGCCCAGAUUAGGACCUCCACUAUCUGUAGUGACACUGCCCCUCUGAGCCCCAGGGCUGGCCCCAGACCUGCCCUGUCACCCUCAUGCCUUACCCAGCCCUUAGUGUGUCUGCAAGGGCUGACCAGGGUCCAGGUCUGCCUCGGGAUAGAGGAGGCCUGGAGGAACUUGGCAGAACCUCAACUAGGCAUGCCAGGGUGUGCCAGUGUGCAUGUGCGUUAGCAUCUGUAUGUGUUUUGUGUGUGUGAGACUCCGUUCUAGAGGUCCACCAUGUUUACAUAAGAAUCCCUACCUGUCAGACCUGAUUCUAUAAGGGUGACACAGUAUGUCCCACAUAAGCUGACUAGUGACUUAUCACAGUAUUGAAGCCUCUUGUCCUCAUGAACUCAACAGAGAUAGAAUGGGAGGUUGCAUCUGAUUUCUUUAACAUACAGAUUUGUACUUCUGACCACAGUACAACUGGUUAAAAGAGGCCAGACCUAAUGCUGAUCACACUGGUGCUCAGCCUUCUAACCUAUCAAUGCACAAAUUACUUGAAGUAUUUAUAUCAAAGAAGGAAAAGGGAGUUGCUUGACAGUGAAAAAUAGUAGCAUGCUUGCUGUUAAAAAAGUAAGAUAACAAACAAGUAUUGUCUGGUUUUAAAACAGGUUAAUCAUGUAUUUUUUAUACAUAUACAGUCGCUAUGUAUUUUACAGUGUAC